AUGCCAUCGGGGAAGUCCGGUGCUCGCCCGAAAAUCAAGAAGGAGGUGAUGGACAGUGACUUUGAGACCCAGUCCCGGAGGCACGAUAUGGAACAAAGUCGACGUUCUGAGCACUCUGCUCAUAUAAGACGGGUAGCCGCGGAGAUGGCAGCGGAGGCGGGUUUCAGCGGCGGGAGCGCCAGAGAACAAGCCCCGCCCGCCAUGAUUGACAGGUCACCAAAUUCAGACGAAAAUGGCGGCAGGGAACGACUGCAAGUUAAGACUCCGAAAUAUUCAGGGAAAGCAGACUGGGAGGCCUUCUAUGCCCAAUUUGAACUGUUGGCUGGGGCAGCUGGCUGGUCUGUAAAAGUAAAAGCACUCCAGCUGGCUCUGUGCCUUACUGAUGAUGCCCUGUCAUGCUUAUUGCUGUUAAGCCCAGCUGAGAGAGAUGAUUAUGGGGCUUUGGUUGGGGCCCUCCGGAGGCGUUUUGGACAAUGUAGCCAACCCGAUGUCCUGCGCUCAGAGCUGGCUAGCCGACAGAGGUUGACAGGCGAGCCACUCAGGGGGUUGGCUAACGAUAUUGAGACCCUGACAAGACGAGCUUACGCCCAUAUGCCCCCUGAAGUACAGAGUGAGCUGGUCAGGGACCAGUUCAUUCGUGCCCUGGCUCCCCGAGAACUUCGCGCACAGACACAGCUGGCACAUCCUAGAUCCCUGCAGGAGGCACUGGAGCUCGCCCUAGAGAGAGAGGCCGUAGGUUCAGCGUCUGAGAGUGGCCCCAUUGUGAGGACAGCAGUGCGGGAGGACCCAGGUCAGGAGAGGCCUGCCUGGGUUGCUGAGCUGACAGAACUGAUCCGAGCUGUGACGUUACAACCACAACGCGGCGGUGCCCGCCCGCGCCGUGGCCCUCCAGUGUGCUGGACGUGUGGCCAGGCAGGCCAUAUCAGUGUGCGGUGCCCCCAGAACUCGGGCGGUCAGGGAAACGCUCCGGGGUCUGUGUAA